AGUUUCGACGCACACAGUGCGCGACUCAUUCAACUGAUCCAUAUCACAUUUUCGAUAUUCUGACAUCACACACGCGUGCUAACCACCACAAUGGUUUCCGUGAAGCGGGAAAGAGAGACUGAAGUGGACGACGAUGACAACGAAGACGAAGUGGAGGCUAAAGUUGGACGGGGACGUGUAGUAGAAGACCGGAGAAGUCGUCACUGCCCUUAUCUUGACACCAUAAACAGGAGUGUGUUGGACUUUGACUUUGAGAAGCUCUGCUCCAUCUCUCUGUCCCACAUCAACGUGUACGCAUGCCUUAUAUGUGGGAAAUAUUUUCAAGGUAGAGGACUGAAGUCCCAUGCUUACACACACAGUGUACAAUUUACCCAUCACGUGUUCCUCAAUCUACACACUCUCAAGUUUUACUGUCUGCCUGACAACUAUGAGAUUAUUGAUUCUUCACUAGAAGACAUCACUUAUGUGCUAAAGCCAACUUUCACCAAGCAGCACAUUGCAGGACUGGACAAGCAAGGAAAACUGUACCGAGCUUACGAUGGUACGACUUACCUGCCGGGCAUUGUGGGCCUCAACAACAUCAAAGCCAAUGACUAUGCCAAUGUGGUGUUACAGGCAUUUUCUAAUGUUCCACCUUUGCGAAACUACUUCCUUGAGGAGGAAAACUACAUAACAAUCCGCAGGCCACCAGGGGACAUCAUGUUCCUCUUGGUGCAGAGGUUUGGUGAGCUGAUGCGAAAACUUUGGAAUCCGAGAAACUUCAAGGCUCAUGUUUCUCCUCAUGAGAUGUUGCAAGCUGUGGUUCUGUGCAGCAAGAAGAACUUCCAAAUUACCAAGCAAGGAGAUGCUGUGGACUUCAUGACGUGGUUCUUGAACGCUCUGCACGGUGCACUUGGAGGGACAAAGAAAAAGACUUCAAGCAUUACUAAAGCAUUUCAGGGCUCCAUGAGGAUCUUCUCCAAGAAACUUCCACACCCAGAUUUACUCCCAGAGGAGAAGGAGGCAUUACUCGUGACAGAGGAGUACCAGGAACAGAUGUCUGAGUCCACUUUCCUGUUUCUGACACUUGACCUCCCAACAGCUCCUCUCUACAAGGAUGAGAAGGAGCAGCUCAUCAUCCCACAGGUGCCUCUCUUCAACAUCCUGGGCAAGUUCAAUGGCAACACCGAGAAGGAAUACAAAACCUACAAAGAAAAUUUUCUCAAAAGGUUCCAGUUGACCAAACUUCCUCCAUACCUCAUUUUCUGCAUCAAAAGAUUCACCAAGAACAACUUCUUUGUGGAAAAGAACCCAACGAUUGUCAACUUCCCUAUCACGAAUGUAGACCUCCGUGAGUACUUGACAGAAGAAGCUCAAGUUACAGAGAAGAACACGACUUAUGACCUCGUCGCCAAUGUAGUGCAUGAUGGGAAGCCCACGGAGGGAGCGUACAGAAUACAUGUUCUGCAUCAUGGAACUGGGAAGUGGUAUGAGAUGCAAGACCUGCAGGUGACUGACAUUCUCCCCCAGAUGAUCACGCUGUCAGAAGCUUACAUCCAGAUCUGGAAGAGAAAAGACGUUGACACAAACAACCACAUGGAGGUGUAAAUGAGUCAGGAUUGCUGUCAGCAUUUAGGAAAUAAAUCUGAUAUUUAAGUGGUUAAAUAUAACAACACAAACACAAAGAAUAAGGGUGGGAAGAAAAUAUCAUGAAUUUGUCUUUUAUAACCACAAAAAAAGCAAAUCAAUGUAAAUGUUUCCAUGUUAUUUUCACUUUGUUAUUUCCUUUUUACUGUGUGGAGAUUUUCUAAAUAAACAAUCUUCAGGACA